CGCUCUACAAAUCUCCAAACCUGGACCUGGCUUCUCCUACUCACGCUCUAGAAGGCGCCAGGUGUGUAGUGUGUUGGGAAGCUCACUGGCUCGCUUGCCAUGCUUGGGCUUCAACAGGGCAGCUCACCCGAAAGAGAUGCAUCCUCCGCCUUCCUUCCAUUCCUUGCCUUGCGUGGACAGUGAGCAAGGGCUGAAUCAUUUAUGACAGAUUGCUGUCUCAUUGCUAGCAUAGGUAUUUGCUUUUCGGUCUUUUCGUUGCCUUGUAUGUUCUUGGCAGGUCUCGGGGCGUAAAAGGGAUUUCGGUUUUUUUCUUGCCUUAUAUGCUCUUGGAAGGUCUCAGGGCGUAAAAGGGCAGGCCGAUCGAUAGCCGACAUAGGUUCCUGGAGUUUGGAAGGUUGACUGUUGGAGGGGUUGCAUCCUUUUUGGCUUAAAGAUCAGACUUUUAGGCGUUUUCUGGUGUUUUUCUGGCGGAAAGCGGAGAUCUGCCUCGUUCUUCACGGGUUUCUGACGCAUUCAAGGCCUAGUUUUUUCGGUUUAUUAUUCCUGAUAAGAAUCGUCAGUGGCGAUAGGCUUCCAAGUUCCGAGAUGGGAGCGAGCGGUUUGUGUGUUCGGAGAUAACUCCAGGUGGCAGAUCAGGAGGGAGGCACGGUAGGUUAAAUCCUUGCUGGUGUUUCGCUUCGUUGUUUUCUGGUUUUUAUAUUCCGCCAACAAAGAAGUAUUUCUUUUUCCUCGCUGGGAACUUUGUCCCCAUGUGAAGACCUAUCUGAGGAGCAAUCUCGGAAGGCAUCUAAUCUUCCCUAGCGUUCGGCCAUUUCCAACGAGUCACCGCUGUGUCGUUCUCUCGAUCUGGUGUUACUUCCCUCGGGGUUCGUCGUUCACUCUCGGAACUGGCUUGUUGUAGCAACCUCGUUUGCCAUCUUUGAACCUUUACCCUAUCCUUCAACUGAUCUUGCCUUAGCAGGAGGAGGUGAGGAAAUCCGAGCUACGAUUUUUGUGUUGUAGGCUCACUCAUUACGUAUAAAGAUGCGAGGUGCUGUCCUUGUUGCCAUAGCUGCCUCUAUUGGCAACUUGUUGCAAGGGUGGGAUAAUGCAACAAUUGCAGGAGCUGUUCUGUAUAUUAAAAGGGAAUUUAAGUUAGAGACUGAGCCUACCAUGGAGGGACUAAUAGUAGCUAUGUCACUGAUUGGAGCUACUAUUAUUACAACAUUCUCUGGACCAGUGGCAGACUGGGUCGGUAGACGUCCCAUGCUAAUUAUCUCAUCAAUUCUCUAUUUCAUUAGCAGUGUAUUAAUGUUGUGGUCACCGAGUGUCUAUUCCCUACUCCUGGCAAGGCUUAUUGAUGGAUUUGGGAUUGGUCUCUCUGUCACACUUGUUCCUGUGUAUAUUUCUGAAACAGCACCUCCUGAGAUAAGGGGAUUACUGAAUACUCUCCCACAGUUCAGUGGCUCUGGUGGAAUGUUUCUAUCAUAUUGUAUGGUCUUUGUGAUGUCGUUAAUGGCUAACCCAAAUUGGAGAGUGAUGCUGGGCGUUCUCUUUAUUCCUUCCUUCCUUUAUUUUUUGUUAACAAUUUUCUUUUUGCCGGAGUCUCCGAGGUGGCUUGUAAGCAAAGGGAAAAUGGUAGAGGCAAAACGAGUUUUGCAGAGAUUGCGAGGGAGGGAAGAUGUCUCAGGAGAAAUGGCUCUUCUUGUUGAGGGGUUGGGAGUAGGUGGUGAAACUUCCAUUGAGGAGUACAUCAUUGGUCCUGCUAAUGAUGGUGCUGAUGAUGAUCAGGGAGCAACCACUGAUAAGGAACGUAUCACCUUGUAUGGCCCUGAAGAAGGUCUUUCAUGGAUCGCUAGGCCUACAAAAGGACAGAGUUCCCUUGCUCUUGUAUCUCGGCGUGGUAGCAUGAUGAAUCAACCUAGCGUGCCACUAAUGGAUCCGCUGGUCACUCUAUUUGGCAGUGUUCAUGAGAAGUUACCUGAGAUGGGAAGUAUGCGUAGUGCAUUAUUCCCAAAUUUCGGCAGUAUGUUUAGUGUUGCAGAGAAUCAUCAUAAAACUGAGCAGUGGGAUGAGGAGAGUCUUCAACAUGAGGGUGAAGGUUAUGCAUCUGAUGCUGGAGGUGAUUCUGAUGAUAAUCUAAAUAGUCCAUUGCUUUCACGACAAGCAACAAGCAUGGAAGGAAAGGAUAUUGCCCCAGCGCAGAGUAGUGUUUUGAGCAUGAGGAGAAAUAGCAGUCUUCUGCAGAAUGGUGGGGAGGCGGUGAGCAGUAUGGGUAUUGGUGGGGGAUGGCAAUUGGCAUGGAAAUGGUCUGAGAGGGAAGGUGCAGAUGGGAAAAAGGAAGGAGAAUUCAAAAGAAUAUAUUUACACCAAGAAGGUGUCCCAGGGUCAAGGAAGGGCUCUCUUGUUUCUCUUCCAAGAGUUGAUAUGCCUGCAGAUGGAGAGUUUGUUCAGGCUGCUGCUUUGGUUAGCCAAUCUGCUCUUUUCCCAAAAGGCCUUAUGGAUCAGCACCCGGUGGGGCCAGCCAUGGUUCAUCCUUCAGAAACAGCUGUUAAAGGUCCAAGCUGGGCCGAUCUUUUUGAACCAGGUGUCAGACGUGCAUUACUAGUUGGAGUUGGUAUUCAAAUACUUCAGCAGUUUUCUGGCAUAAAUGGUGUUUUAUACUACACACCUCAGAUUCUUGAGCAAGCAGGUGUUGCAGUCCUUUUAUCAAAUCUUGGUCUUAACUCAACUUCAGCAUCUAUCCUCAUCAGCACUCUCAUAACCCUGUUGAUGCUUCCUAGUAUUGGUGUCGCCAUGAGGCUCAUGGAUGUUGCUGGGAGAAGGUUUCUGUUGCUUUCCACGAUUCCUGUCUUGUUAGCCUCACUUAUUGUCCUGGUUCUUUCUAACCUUGUGGACUUGGGCACAGUGGCUCAUGCUGUGCUUUCCACUGCCAGUGUCGUUGUCUACUUCUGCUGCUUUGUCAUGGGGUUUGGUCCGAUCCCCAAUAUCCUCUGUGCUGAGAUCUUUCCAACGCGUGUCCGUGGUUUGUGCAUAGCCGUUUGUGCCCUCACAUUCUGGUUCGGAGACAUCAUCGUCACAUAUACUCUUCCUGUUAUGCUGGGGAGCAUUGGCCUUGCUGGUGUCUUUGGAAUCUACGCGGCUGUAUGCACAUUAGCUUUCAUAUUUGUGUUCUUGAAAGUUCCUGAGACAAAGGGCAUGCCUCUUGAGGUCAUCUCUGAGUUCUUCGCUGUCGGGGCAAAACAAGAAGCAACAGAAUAACUUGUUUCAGAAUAUCUGGCACAUUGGUAAUUUCCAAGUCAUGAUCAGAAGUAGUGAGUCUUAUCUGGUUUGACUGGACAAGGUUGGUACUGAUGCGAAAACCGAAGAGGACAUCAACAUAAAAAAGCUUAAUUGGAGGUUGCUGAAAGGCGACGCUGCUCUCUAUUUGGCAUCUCCAUGGUGAUGUUGGAUUCACUAUAAAUAUUUUCGUGGACCCGAAUGAAAAAAAAUAAUAAAUAGGUGUAGUAUGGCCAAAGGUGUUUCUUUUCUUGGAGAUAAAAGCCUUAUUACUCUGCCUUUCGUGCUUGAGCUCUAGCUGUGAAUCCAUCGAUGGAUUUGGUUUAUUGGCAUCGUUAUUAUUUAAUAACGGAACUGCUAUGCUGUUCUAUUGCCAACUUGUUUUUGAAUUUAUAACUAUUAUGUUGGAAUUUA